AAAAAGAAGGUAAUUCUUCCCCUUUUCCCCUUGUGUCACAUUGGUUUUCCCCUAACAAAAUCUAAAUUUCAAAUUAAAAUCCAAAAAUCCAAAAUUUUCGUCUAAAAAAACAUCAAAAAAAUAAGCAGUCUGCAAAAUGACAGCCCCCAGCAACCGUGCACCCUUGGGCUUUGCUGAUAUCGAUGUCGAAGGCGACGAUCUGUCCAAGCUGGAGCCCAUCAUCAGUGCCCUGAAGUGCGAGCAAACGGGUCACAUCAUGGAGGCCAUCCUCCUCUAUGAGGAGAGCACCUUCAAGCUAAAGGAAAUGGCCGAGGCGGAACCCAACCGAAGGCAAUUGUGCAGCAAAUACCUCAAGAUAUACGAGGCACGGGCCAAGCAGCUGAGGGACCAGGUAAAGAGUCACCUGCACGCGAGUCGAAUGCUGGAUCACAUCAGCAUCGAGCGGGGUGCCAGGGGCAGAAGCUACCAGCGGCUGCUGGGUCCGUAUCUCGACGACAGCGUCCGGGAGGCGCAUCUCAAUGAGCCGAAUCUCACGGAGGCGCAACACUUUCGCAAUCUGAUCAACUUCCUGGAGGUUCUGGUGAAGAAUUGUCGUUAUCUCAAGUACAUACGGGUGACCACACGGCCCGAUGUGUUGAUGCCACAGAAACAACUCCAGAUCCUGCAGCAAAUGAAGACUGAUCUGGCCGGGGGCAACAUCCAGAUGAACUACCAGAUGGACGAAUCCCUACACGACCGCAAGAUCGUGCUCAGUUCGGGCGUGUUAAUCAAAAUCGGCAAGGGCCUGCACUACUUCGAGCCUGUACAGGAGGGCUCGGUGUAUAGCUUGGGCCUCUGCGAUUUUGAUUUCCGCAAAUGUCAGGCCACUGAGGUGGACAUCUGGAAGUGUCGGGCUUUUGCCAAGAGGCCCAAGGAUUCGCAGGAGGUGGAGGAACGACCUGAGAGGCACGGCUACAUGAGCGAUUAGUGAGUGAGAGUGAGAUUUCCUCAUAAACCUCUUCGAAUUGGGUCAGUCACUGGCCUUAUCGCUGGUAAAAGCAGUACUACACAUCAAUAAACGCAGCAGUUUGUUAA